AUGGGUACCCGCACCACUGGGUACCAGGACCACAGAUACCAGCCUCGCAGGUACCAGCACAGUGGGUACCAGCCUGAUGGGUACCAGCACCACAGGUACCAGCCCCGUGGGUACCAGUACCAUGGGUACCAGCCCGAUGGGUAUCAUCACCACAGGUACCAGCCCCAUGGGAGACUCUAUGACAUGAGCGAAGUUUUGAGGGCUGAUCUGUUGGACUGCAACUACUCCAUCCCCGACCCGCAGCUGGUCCGGAGGAUCGUGUCCCAGGUGGAGUUCUACCUCUCCGAUGAGAACCUGGCCAAGGAUGCAUUCCUCCUGAAACAUGUCCAGAAGAACAAGAUGGGCUUUGUGAGCAUCAAACUGCUGACGUCCUUCAAGAAGGUGAAAUACCUGACACGUGACUGGCGGCUCACGCUCUACGCCCUGCAGUUCUCGGAGCUGCUGGAGGUGAACGAGGAGGGCACCAAAGUGAGACGGCGGGUCCCUGUCCCUGAAUCCCUGCUGAGCGUCCCCCCCAGCAAACUGCUGCUGGCCUGGGAGCUGCUGCCCCAGGGGCAGGACAUGCCACCGCCGCUCCAGAAGAACUUCCUCGAGACCAUCACGAGGAUGUUCAGCCCCUUCGGUGCCAUCGCCUCCAUCCGCAUCCUGCGGCCGGGCCGUAAGCUGCCCUCGGAUGUGCGGAAAUACACAUCGCGCUUCCCUGAGCUGCUGAGCAAGUGCUGUGCGCUGGUGGAGUAUGAGAGCCUGGAGAGCGCCCGAAGGGCCUUUGAGGGCCUCGGCCACCAGAGCUGCCCGGGUGGCGAGAGCAUCAGGGUGGUCCGGCUCUGCGGGAAGGGCUCCAAGAAGAAACCCGGAGCCGAGAGGGAGGUGGCGGAGGAGCGGAUGGACCAGCUGGGUUGGAAGACGGCGGUGACCUUCCCCUACGGCAUUGGGGACUCCCUGCUCUGCAGCUCCCCGGAGUCAGACGGUGCCCCGGCACUGCCGCCCCUCCUCCUGAACAAGGACCCCCCGGCACCCACCUGGCCCAGUGGUGACUUUGGCAACGUCUUCACCAGAUCACUCCUCACCAGCAAAGUCUUCCCUCCGCUUGGGACAGGCUUGGGCACCAGCACCUGCUCCGGUCUCUGUUCCGGCACCGAGAGCCCCUGCGGCAGCAGCUGGGGGAGCCGGGGGGAUGCCUGGGCACCCUGGCGCAGCGGUCUCCCUCCAGAUGCCAAACCUCCUCCCGGCGAUGCCCUAGCAGUGAAGCCGAUGCCAGACCACCUCGGGCUGCGGGACGGGGUGCUUCGCCUGCCCCACGGCCUCGAUGGCACCAAGGGCUUCUGCGGCAGCUUUGAGAGAGGAGAGCUUGUCCUCCAGCGCUGA